AUGACCUACCACAAACGAAACCUCGUGUUGUGCGCCGAGGACACGGAGGCGGCCAGCAGAGCCUGCAAGUGGCUGCUUGAAUCGGUCUACAAGGAGAACGACGUCGUGCACUUCAUAUAUGUGGUGAAGUGCAUGAAGCCCCCCAUGAGCAUCUUCCACGGCCUGCCCGGCACCGCCUACCAGUUUGAGCAGCCGGGCACGCAUAACGAGCUGAAGCACAUCGAGACCGCCAAGACCAUCCUCCGCCAGCGCUUCCUGCACCUCCUGCAGCCCCGCAACGUCAAGUACGAGCUGCACCUGUACGCCGAGAACGUGGAGGCCCCUGCUGCCAAGAUUGGGACCCUGAUCCUGGAGGCCGCCCAGAACCUGGGCCCCACCCUUGUGGUCACCGCCGCGCACAAUAAGCUGGAGGCCAGCGACCGGUACAUGGGGGAUGUCGGCAGCGUGGCGCUCUACCUCUUGGAGAACUGCAAGCUGCCGCUGGCCAUUAUUCACCCGGAGGAGGACGGCGCGGACGAGGCAGAGUGA